CGCACUUGGCACUCUUUGACCUCAGCCCUUCCCACUGCAUACCUCUUCCCACACCUCAUCCUCAAGUUUUGCUUUGCCUUCUUGUUCUUGUCCAUCCACCAAGAAAGAAAGAAAGAAGUACCAGUCAUGUUGGCUCUGCAACGGCAAAAGUCUCAAGUGAUUGAGGUGAUCAACUACAUUUCCGAUGACGACUGGAGUGGCAGCGAUGAUGAGGAAGUCGAGACCAUUGUCGAAGAGGUCGUGACGACGAUUCCCAGUACCAGUACGAGACGUUGUCCCGCGCCUCACGAAGUGGGGAUUGGCCAAGAGUAUGGUGAUGAUGAUGACGAUGAUGAUGACGAUGACAGCCUUCACGAAGACGACUUGGUGGAGAUUGUGGAGGAAGUGGUUCAAAUGCCCAGCUAUAGUAGUCAUCGAUGGCAAAACUCCAUCACUGUGGCACCUCAUGAAGUGGGGAUUGGAGCCGAGCCCGAGAAUUACAACUUUUUGCAACGGAGCCUUCGAUACUGUUCGAGCAAGUUCUUGACUGCCGGUGGAAUUUUGGGUGUUCGAGAGGACGAUGACGAAUCAGAAGAGGAAGAAGAGGUUGUCGAAUUUGUGGAAGAGGUCGUCAGACCCCCAUUCUCGAGAAUGCGUUCGACCAGGACCAUUGCUCCUCACGAAGUGGGCAUUGGAGUACAACAAAACGACAAUGAAGACGACGAUGAUGAUGAUCUACUACACAAUGUUCCAAACAUCCCGACAAAAACCAAAAAACUCUACUACAACACUGACGACGAUGAUGACGAUUCGAUCUCCAUUACGAGCAUUACCAGUCGCACUACGGCCAGUCCGACCGAGCCCUUGGAAUCCCUCGGUGUCAUGGCCAGCAUGCGCAUGUCUCUGGUCGCCGCCAAGGCUGUGAAAAAACUGCGGGAACGACUCGUCACGGCGCAAUUGCGACAACGCAUGAAAGAACAUCGCAACAAGUACGCGCACGCGCAAGCACAACAACAAGCCCGCCUCCAACAGCAAGACUUUCACAAUUCUUGGCGACAAAUCAUUGGCGCCAUUGAAACGGUGCAACUCAAACCGGUCCCCAAGACUCUGAAACGAGAUUCGUCCAAUUAUGUCAGUAAGGAUCAUCCCUAUUUGCGAGAAUUGAGAGCGGUGCAGGCCGAAGUAUUGCCCGUGUGGCGCAAGGAAACAUACUCGUAUUGGAUCUAA